UUUAAGAUGUCCAAAAGAAGCGCUUCGAUAAAAUCAAGAAAUUCGCGUAUUAAUUUAAAUAGACCAUCAUUUCAGGAUAAUUACCUGGAAAAAAUACUAGAAAAGGAAGAGGAUGAUAUGAUACCAUACGAAAUACGGGACGAGAUUAUAAACAACGUUUUAGACCAAAUAUAUGAGAAGCAUUUGGAAAAACGUAAAAUAUCUUAUGUGUUGGAAUGUACUUAUGAAGCGAUGGUAAAAUUGUUGGAAAUUGAGUUUUAUUUUCACCAUAUAAGCGAACCGUAUUACGUAAAUCAUCCUUUGUGGACACCGGAUAAUCCUCCAGAACCAUCUGAACCCGAUACAAUGUGCUAUGGAAAAGUAGAAACACAAAAGAGAAUACCGGUAGAAGUGGAGCCAGAAGAAAUGGAAGAAAUGGGGGUUUAUGCAGAAGAUGAAUUAUUUAGUGUUCCUUCCUUCAUACCUCCACAACCAGCUCCUUCGGUCUGCCAAGACGAAACUACAACUCGCAAAACUGGUAGUGCUACUGAAAAUGAUUUUAGCGAUAUAGAUUUUGACGAGGAUAUUUUGAAAUAUCUUCUGGGGCAACAGAUUACUGAAAGCAUCGAAGAAGAUAAAAUAAGCAUUCCUUAUGUAGACUCCAAAUUGGAACUUAAGAGGGAAGCUGGAAUAGAUGGAAUACUAAACGAAAUUUUGGAUCAAGUUUUGCGGGAGACAGAGGGCAGCGAAAAAAGUUUUGUAAAAUUCGCUAAAACCUUAAAACUCUCAGGCACAUGCAAAUUAUCCAAAAAACCGCUAAAGCACAAACCAGCAUUAAAAUUGCCGAAAAUCGACGUGCCGGAACCCAGAAAAUUGAGCGAAAAACCUGAGUUGCUUACGACGCUUCCGCCAAUAAGAUUAAACACAGACUUUAAUGUUUCUCAAAAAGCAAAAGAGGAACCAGAACCAGAAAAACCAAAGAAAUCGCAACCAAGAAAAAAAUGGUGAUUUUUUAACCUGUAUUGUUAGCAUGUACCUAUAAAUCAAUGAAAUGAAAUGCAUAUUAGAAGUUUGUUUAAUAAAUAAGCGGCUACAAUUGCG